UAGAACAGGAGGUUUGUUGUGUGCUGCUUUUGUCUGCCUAAGAGAUAUCUGAAGAAGUGUGCAUGCACACAAAAGCUUAUACCCUGAACUAACUUAGUUGGUUUCUAAGCUGCUACUGGACAAUUUUCUUAUUAUCUUAUUUUACAUAGAUCAAACUGUUACAGUCUGUAACAGUUUAAUCUAUGUAAAAGCUAUUAGCAAUUUAAGUAGUUCCUACCUGCAUUGAACAUAAUAAUCUGCAACUGCAAGAAUACUAAGUCAAAGUUAUUUGUUCUUUAAACUUUAAACAGAGAGUGUCUUGUGUAGUUACUAUAGGAGGGAAAAUAGAAAUAAUAAAAGGGUCAAACAAUCCAGGGCUGUCUUCCACAUAUUUCACAUGAGGUAACUUGGGUGGCUGAACAAAAUACAGUCAUACCUUGAGUUGAAUGUGCUUCAGGUUGAGCGCAUUCUAGUUGCGCUCCACUGCAACCCGGAAGUAAUGGAUCGCGUUACUUUCGGGUUUCGCUGCUCGCGCUUGCGCAGACGCUCAAAAUUACGUCACGUGCAUGCACGGAAGUAGCGAAAUGCGACCCAUGCACACACAGAUGCGCCGUCGCGUCUCGCGUUCUAUUUGGGAUGCGAAUGGGGCUCCGGAACGGAUCCCGUUCACAUUACGAGGUACCACUGUAUAGGAAAAAUUCAUAGGGCAUAAGAAUAUUAGUGGGUUGGAAUAGCUGAAACAAAAAGACUGUGUAAGCCCCAGCCCCAAACACACAAAUCAAUAGACACAGAGGCCUCUGAUAUCUUCAGCCGCUAGCAGGAUGGCUGAGAUUUGUUUAUAUUUCUGGAUUUGCUUGGAACACAUGAGAAAGCAGGCCGCUAAUGCCACUGAACUCAGAUUAUGCAGGAGGUAGAACUUCCUAUUAUUCUUACUGCAAAAUCAACUUUUGAUAUUUCAAGUUCACUACCCUCAUUCAGGAACAGAAAGCCAUAUUUAGAUAGCCUUUUAUGUUUAUUUUUCAUAUUUGAUUUCAGACAUGGAUGAUUGUUUUCAAUGUUCAGAAGAUCAGUAUCCAAACAUUGGCCAAGAUAUAUGUCUUCCAAAAGAAAUAAGCUUCCUGACUUACAAUGAGCCUCUGGGGAUCAGUUUCGUCACACUUGCUCUUUUAUUGACCUUCACUACAACUUUGGUGCUUAGGAUCUUCAUCAAGCACAAAGAAACUCCCAUAGUCAAAGCCAACAAUCGGACCCUCACCUAUGUUCUCCUCAUAGCCCUCGUUCUCUCCUUCCUCUGUCCUUUACUUUUCAUUGGCCAGCCCAUAAGAAUAACCUGUCUCCUUCGACAAACUGCUUUUGCAGUGAUCUUCUCAGUAGCAGUGUCUUGCAUCUUAGCAAAAACAACUAUCGUGGUUCUAGCUUUUAUGGCUACCAAGCCAGGCUCCAAAAUGAGGAGAUGGGUGGGGGAAAAUCUGGCCAUCUCCAUUGUUCUUUUCAGUUCCCUCAUUCAAAUGAUGAUGUGUAGUGCCUGGCUGAUAGUUGCUCCCCCACUCCCUGAUUUAGACAAGCACUCAGUGACUAAAGAAAUUGUACUGCAAUGUAAUGAAGGAUCAGUCACCAUGUUCUACUGUGUCCUAGGCUUCAUGGGAAUGCUGGCCAUGGUCAGUUUCACUGUGGCUUUCCUAGCUAGGAAGUUACCAGACAGUUUUAAUGAAGCCAAGUUCAUCACCUUCAGCAUGUUGGUCUUUUGCAGUGUGUGGCUGUCCUUUGUUCCUACCUACCUGAGUACCAAAGGAAAGUACAUGGUGGCUGUGGAAAUCUUUUCUAUUUUGGCCUCUAGUUUUGGGUUACUGGGCUGCAUCUUCUUCCCCAAAUGUUAUAUCAUUUUGGUGAGGCCAGAGUUAAACAGCAGGGGACAGCUUACAAUAAGAAAGAAAUAAAGCAUGAACAAGUGUAUUUAAUGUAGCAUAUAAUAGCUGGACUGAAUCCCCUUGUAUUCAUUUUGCCUCAACCCAACAAAACUCUCCCCAAAAUCCCAUAGAGCAGACCAUGUAUCUGUUCUCCCUGGACUUUCCUCUUACACAGUACUGUUAUUAAGGGAAGCAGUGGCUCAUGUAACCUAGACUCAUAGAGCUGGAAGGGACCCUAAUUCCAAGAUGAUGAUUACAUAUUUUGAAAAUUCAGUUGGUUACAAGGUCUUCUAUAAUGUGCUUCUAACUUCUAACUUCAUCAAUACACCACUGGUCUUUUAUUAUCUAAUGAAAGGGUAAUAAAAAUAACAGUUCUGAAUAUGUGACAAACACAUUUUCUUCAGCAGUUCCAGAGGGAAUCCUUAGCAUUGGAUGAAUAACUACAUUGCUGCUUGAUGGCUAACAGGGUAUAAUUUGAGCUGCUGCUACUAAAAAUGCUUUAAAAAACAACAACCUGUGGACUUCCAGUGGCCACUGGGAAACCUAAUGCAAAGUAUACUAAAACUGAUCAGAAUUAAUCAGACUUGUGAUCAACAAGUCAGAUUUUGUAUACUCCCAGAUUGCGUCAUUUUGGGAAAAUAAACUACCAUUUAAAUGAGACAUUUUUUAUCUUGGAGAAGAGAAAACAUGGUUUCUGCAUAGAACAAACAGUUGCCGUCAUACUGAGCAUGGUGGUCUUAAUGUUAUUGUUGCUGGAACUGCUUUCUUACAAUGUAUGUCAGGCUCACAUAGCAAAAUGUAUGCUCCAAGGUCCACACCGUCCACUUCACAUGUAUCAUCAGCCAGGAGAGUUCCUCAUUGGUGGCAUUGUUUUCCAUGGUGGCUUCAUCUCCUCUCCAGCAACAUUCACUGAGGAACCCCCACCAGUACUGCCUGAAGAACUUGUGUAAGAACUAAGCCACUCAUUUAUUACAGCACAUGAAUGAUCAAACCAAGAGCUUCAGCCUCAGAAUAAUGACUGAGGCUGCAAACUUAUCCCCAUUUACCCUGGGAUAACCACUUUUGAUUUCAGUGGUACAUAUGCUGAUGUAAAAAUCCAUAGGAAGCUCUUGUGCAUUAAGAGAAUAGUGUAGAAUCUUCCAUUUCUUGAUAGGGAAAUGAAUAUAAAUGCAUUGAAACGUGUAUAUAUUUGUAAUUCUGAAGUAGCCCUUUUGAAAAGACGUUUUUGAUAGACUUUAUCUGAACAGGAGUGUUAGUGAGAAUGAAUAAAAAAAACACCCUGUUCUGAACCUGAAUGCUCAUAUUGUUUCAUUUUCUGAUCUUAGGCUAAUGUUUGUUUCACAAUGAUGGUAUAUAUUAUGAAGCAUAGAAUUCUGUGAAUCACAAAUGAGUUUCAGCAGGGACAAAUGUCAGGUUCUGCAGUUAGGCAGGAAUUACCAGCUGCACAAAUCUAAGACAGGGAACACCUGGCAUGCCAGUAGUACAUGUGAAAAGGAGUCUGCAUCAACAGAGGUAUAGUGCCCCAAUCAAAAGAAGUAAUAGAGCAGCUCUAUUCUUCCAUGCUCAGACCACACCCGGUGUACUGUGUUCAGUUAUGUCCGGCACUAUUUAAGAAGGAAAUUGACAAGCUGCAACAUGCUCAGAGAAGGAUGACACAUAUGGUCAAGGGUCUGGAAGCCAAAAUUAUGAGGGGGUUGGGUAUGUUUAGCUAUGAAAAUAGAAGACUGAUGGGAUGUAGGAUAGCUAUUUUCAAUUAUCUCAAGGGCUGUCACCAGGAAGAUGGUGCAAGCUUGUUUUCUCUUGCUCCAGAGGGAAGGACCCAAACCAAUGGAUUCAAGUUGCAAGAGAGGAGAUUCUGUCUAAACAACAGGAAGAACUGGCUGAUUAUACAGUAAGAACUGUUCAGCAGUGGAAUGGACAGGGAGUUAACUCCACUGAAUUUGAUAUGAAUAACUACAGUGUUGAUAUGUAAAAAGAUAUAUCUGUUCCUUCUAUUGCCAUUUGCAACUAUCAUUCUAGGGUGGUGCCUAAGCUUUACCAGCACAUUGCCGCCUUGGUGUUUGCUGUAAAGGAGAUCAAUGAAGACCCUCACAUCCUACCCAAUAUCACCUUGGGCUUUCACUUAUAUGACAGCUAUAACAAUGCAAGGAGCACAUAUCUCGCCACACUGCUGCUUUUAUCCAGGGUGGAGAAAUUUGUUCCUAACUAUAUAUGUGAUGUUGAAAAUAAUCUGGCAGGGGUCAUUGGAGGACUUGAUUCUGAAAUCUCCUUUUAUGUGGCAACUGUUUUGGAUAUCUAUAAGAUUCCACAGGUAGGACACCUAUGUACAAUACCUAAAUUAGCUUGCAUAGAUAAAGAGGCUGAUUUCACAGCACCUGUUCAGGGUGUAUUACCAGUUCAGGGCAAGGAUGAAAUUGGAGCAGAAUCAGUUCUUUGGAAAGUAAAGGUGGUACAGAAUUAAAAUAAAAUAAAAUUACCUGAAUAAG